GAUAUUCAUCUUCUUCCAUUUUCUCUUUAUCUUUGUUUAUUCGAUCAAACAAAUGGCUCGUACAAAGCAGACGGCGAGGAAGUCUACCGGCGGGAAGGCGCCAAGGAAGCAGUUGGCAACCAAGGCGGCGAGGAAAUCAGCUCCGGCCACCGGAGGAGUUAAGAAGCCACACAGAUUCAGGCCUGGAACCGUGGCUCUGAGAGAGAUUCGCAAAUACCAAAAGAGUACCGAACUUCUCAUCCGAAAACUUCCUUUCCAGAGGCUUGUACGUGAGAUCGCACAGGACUUCAAGACCGAUCUCCGUUUCCAGAGUUCGGCCGUCGCCGCUCUCCAGGAGGCAGCUGAAGCUUAUCUGGUUGGUCUGUUCGAAGACACCAAUCUCUGUGCGAUUCACGCCAAACGUGUCACCAUCAUGCCCAAGGAUAUGCAGCUUGCUCGCAGGAUCCGCGGCGAGAGGGCUUAGAUCUGUAAUAAUCAUUAGACACUAUAGCUUAAUUCCCCGGUGUAUUGUAGUGUUACUGUUAUCCUAACUAGCUAGUUAGGGUUUUUAUUGCUGUUAUCAGAUCCCUUAUUAUCCUAUGUCUGUCUAGGUUUCUUAUCUUCUGUCUCACUAUAUACUAAAUACUAGUAAAUCAUUUUGGUUAUCGGAA